GAAUAACUUACUUUGGUUUGGAGCUUGGACCAAAGCACUAAAAAUUAUCGGGAGAAAUAUUCGCGCUUCAUGUCAGAUUUCCAGUUUUAUUAUCGAGCUCUUUAUUUUUUAGAAUUUCUCGUCGGAGAUCUAUGAGUAUUUUUCAAUUGGUGAAAAAUGCAUUGAAAUAUAUCUCGGAAGUUCGAAUAAUCACAUCAAUCAUGGAGUCAAGUGCCAAAUCUGGGGGUCAACACGGUGGAGGACGAGGGCGGGGGCGGGGAGGUUCUAGUAGAGGCGGCAGAGGAAACUCCAGAGGUGGUUCCAGAGGAGGUAGAAAACCAGAAAUGGGUCGCAAAGAAUACAAGUCAGUCGUGCCUUUGAUUUUCAGAAUCUAAUUUCUCUAACGUUUCCAGUCGUCAAGCACCAAAGAGAGAUCGAAAUGACGACGACCAAGCAUUGAAGCGAAGAAAGACGAUGCACAAUGGAGAAUCAGAACCAACAGCAUUUAGUACGGAAUUCUCCAAGGAGGAAAUCGAGAGUGAAGUACGGAAACCCAAACACAAAGUAGCCGUGAUGAUUGGCUAUGCAGGAACUGGAUACAAAGGCUUGCAAAUCAAUACCAAGGAGAAGACGAUUGAAGGUGAUAUGUUCAAGGCCUUUGUGGCAGCCGGUGCAAUUUCGAAAGCGAAUGCAAAUGAUCCGAAAAAGUCUGCCUUGGUACGAUGCGCGCGAACCGACAAAGGAGUUCAUGCAGCUGGCAAUGUUCUCUCCUUAAAACUCAUUACCGAAGACCCCAAUGUCGUUGAGAAUAUCAAUUCACAUUUACCGGAUCAAAUUCGAGUCUGGGGUAUUGAAAGAACUACGGGGUCGUUCAAUUGCUAUCAAAUGUGUGACUCGCGGUGGUAUGAAUAUUUAAUUCCAACUUACUCAUUUAUCCCACCUCAUCCUAAGAGUUUCCUUGGAAAAGAAUUGCUACAGGCAGCUGAGAAAGAAGGUGUCUUGGAAAAGUUCAAUCAACUGCAAGAAGAUGCUGCAUCAUUCUGGACAGAUGCUGAGAAGGAAUUCGUACAACCUAUACUUGAUAAUUUGGAUCCACAAUUGGCGGCGGAUGUUAUGGAAGCUAUUCAUGCUGCAGAGGAAUCCAAUGAACCAAUUGGAAAAAAUAUUAAGAAGAAUAAGGCAGAAGGCAAAGAUGGGGCCGAAAUCAAGGAAGAUACCGAGGAGGAACCUACCAAAAACCAUGAAGCGGAAACCGAAGGCGAAUUGGCACCCAAGGAGGAACCUGUAGCGGUCGAGGUUAACGGAGACGGAGAUGUCAAGCAAAAUUUUGAACCCGCAGCGGAAGUGGGAAAGGAGGAUCCGGAAGCUAUGCAAGGCAUAGAAACUACUGGAGAACCAGAAGUAGAGGGUGAGACUACUCAGAAGCCAAAAGCGGAGGGUGUCCAAGAAAUCUCGAAAUCCAUUCUCACGCCUCUCGAAAAGGCCGUCAAGGAGGUAAAAGCAGCCUAUAUCAAAGCCAAGAAAGCAUACCGCAUACACGAGUCUCGCAGACAAAGAGUACAAGAGGCGCUCAAUCAAUAUGUUGGUACUUACAACUACCACAACUAUACAAUUCUCAAGAACUAUAGUGAUCCCUCUUCAAGACGACACAUCAAAUCCUUCAAGAUUGGACUCAAACCUAUCAUUAUCCACGAUACAGAAUGGCUCUCAUUGAAGGUCCAUGGUCAAUCCUUUAUGAUGCAUCAAAUCCGAAAGAUGGUAGCAAUGGCAGCAUUAGUAGUACGAUGUGCUUCGCCAAUGGAGCUUAUCAAAGAAACUUAUACUGCUGCCAAGAUUAGUAUACCAAAAGCCCCUAGUCUGGGAUUACUAUUAGAAGCACCAGUUUUCCAUAACUACAAUGAGAAGGUUGCAAAGGAUUUCGAUAGAGAAAAACUAGACUUCGAGAAGUAUAGAGAAAAAAUGGAUGAAUUUAAGCAAAGGGAGAUCUAUGAUAGGAUCUUCAGAGUAGAGAAUACUGAUAAUCAGUAAGUUUAUCAUUUUUACGACUAGAAACCAAGCUAACAGCAUGACAGAUUUCACACAUUCUUCCAUCAUCUAGAUCAUCAUCGAAGCGAUUACUUCUUGUGGCUGACAGCUUCAGGAAUCUCUGCUGGGAGACAGCGCGGGGCAGGCAAGGAUGCUUUGGAUGCUAGUGAUGAUGAGGCUGACGUGAAUGGUGAGGAGGGUUGAUUGUUAUAUAGUUUCGUAGAAGAAAUGAGUAAAGUUGGAAAUGCGAGUGCUGAAUGUUGCGAGGCUAUGGGUAUUGAGUGCAGAGCUCAAAACAGAUGACGUGGCGAGGAUAUUUACACAUAAGGAAUGGUAGCGGAAAACGAUUCUAGCCGGCUAGCAGAAUCGAGAAUCAUCAAUAGACCACAAAACAAUGACAAGAAAACCUGACUUUCUUUAUACACAAACAACUA